AUGCCCACGGAAACCGCCAUUUUCUCCUCCGUGCCGGACCGCGUGCUCGAGCUGCUAACAGGAUAUUUGCCAUCGUCAUUGAGCAUUCUCCGUCGACUCCAGUUCGCGAGACGUGACGCCGGCACCAAUCCCCAUGCUCGUACCAUCUUUACCUCAGACCACGGAAGACUUGAGCGAGGCUCGCCCGAUCCCAAAAUCUUUGUCGUGGCACAUGUCGACCUGUUUUAUAACCCCAACACGCAAAUAUUUCUCUACUCUAGCCUAGAGAGCCAGAAUUACGAAACUGGUUAUGCCCAAGACCAGUCUGAGCACGAGGCGCUGCUCGCAACCACCGUCGAGUCACUCGUUCGUCUGCGCAGAGAGGGGGGCUCAGGGGAGCGGUAUCCGAGACGCCUCAUUCUCGGGAGCCUGCACUCCGAUGUGAGAGCCAUUCUCGAAAGAACCGGCCGAAUACAUCUCCUGCCCUCACGCGGCUCGGGAAUUUACGACAAGUGGCUUUUUCAAGCCCAGACUCUGCCCCGGGUGGGCAGUCAGCUUCCGGAGGACAUGCACUGGGGCUUUGCUACCCUUUCCGACUGCCAGAUGGUCGUGUCGCGAACACACAUACUGCGAAGCCCGGACCUGCUCAUCAAGCUACACAACCUCAUGGUCAAACUCCAGGACCUGACGCCGAUAGCCUGGGCAUUUCUAGGCAUAGACGGGAGCAUAAUAAGCUUGCACUGCGAGGAAUCCCAUCGGCGAAACGGCCUCGCCAAGGCGCUGGCCGCCAAACUGCUGCGCGAAAGCACCAAUUCUCAUAGCGGCGAUAAGUGCGACGGAUGGGCGUCAGCGGAUGUGUCGACAGACAAUGGAGCUGGCCAAAGUGUUUGCAAAAGCUUGAAUGGCCAGCGGAUGUGGUCUGUGUCUUGGUGA